AUGCGUCCUUUUAACAUCGUCUUGGAUUACCUGAUGGUGUCCAUGGGUGACGCCGCUUACUUGCCAUCAGAAUGGAGUGGUGCAACGGGUGGUCCUCCUGCAGAAGUAGUGCUGCGGUUACAUCCACCAUCCUCGACGUCAAGAGUCAACGCUUCGUUAGCUGACGUCGAUGGCAGUGGUGUGGUGGUGAGGGCAGAGGAAGCCCUGAUAGUAGCCUUCGUCCUCCUGCUAUGGGUGGCAGCUAUAGCCUUGUUCUUCAAUCGAUGGGGCAAGAUCAGAAUGCUGGAGCCAUAUCAGCCGAAGUUCCAACAGCAGCAUCGACAGAGUUGCGCUUUAGCUGAGAAUUCGGUGUCCGUGCCUCCACAUCACCGAGCAUCACUGUCACGCGGCUGUGUGUCAUACGACUGCGGGGCAUCAUUCCCAUCUUAUCAACCAUGCGGGUACCUGUCCCAUAGACCGCGGCAGAACUCGGUCUUCGUAAGUAGCAUGGGUAUGGGAGGGAUGGCACUCAUUCCUGAGAGUCCACCAAGACGGUCGCGGUCUGCAGCCGACAUUCCAGCCCUCAUCACGCCAUCAGAAAUGUCUCACCACACGCCCAGGUCUUCGAGAGCAGCCAGCUUACACAGCGCAGUAGAUAUCAGAGUAGGUCCGUCUCCAAGAACGUCCAGAGCUGCAAGUCUACAUUCAGCAGUAGAUAUGCCACAAGGGUCUGUCCAAGUUCACGUCAGAGGGUCAGGUUCGAACUUGAAUAGACCGAGAAGUCCAAGACGACUAACUAUAACUAAUGUGUAAUUUAAGCGAAACUGAAUUCUAUGUCUACGGUUUUAAGGACCAAUAUGUAUUUAUGACUGUCAAAGUCAUUCUAUGUUUCGGUUUAAUAAACGACUAUGAUAUUUAUAAGGUCUUUCGUGCUCAUUGAAAGAUUAUGAUUAUUAUUAUUACUGAAUAGUUAAACUUAAUUUUAAUCCAGGAUAAUUUUCUUCGUACAUGUUUCUUUCAAAACGCAUUGAAACGAAGCUUUAAAUCGACUUUGAGAAUUAUUAGUAAUUCACUAAUUUCAUAAAGUUUUUGAAUGCUUUCAAUGAAAUAUUGUGGUGUGGGGUUCGAAUUGUACCAAUGAAUUUUGAUGUAUAUGUAGAAAUAAGUUCUAGAAUAAUCUUCUAUAUUUCCAGUAGAUUAGUGUUCUUCUCUUCUCUUCGUCAUAUCUAUAUUAUCUAUCGUAUGUAUACAUACUACUUCGUAGAUAGACUAGUGCGUGCGCGCAAAACUUAGAUGUGUGGUGCUAUUAUUAGUAUCAAAAUUAAUGUCUUUCUUAACUAUUUCAUUAUCAGGACUGUUACAAUUUAAUUUAUUUGUAUCAGUUGAAUAGAACCUUAAUUUAUUGCCUCUGUACUUCUUCCAUUCAUUCAUUUCUUGAUGUGUUUGCAUGGAUUGGUAAUGGCUUUGUAUUAAAAUGAUAAUUUGAUCAAUGUCCAACCACUAGAUUUGGAAUUGACAAACUCCUUCCAGCUCGAAUUUACCAUUUGUCGUGAAUCAUAAGACAUCCUUAAUAUUAAUUGCCAAUCCAUGUAGUUAUUAUGUCUUUGAACUACAUACCUCAAAAAGGAAUUAUUGUAGGUACGUAUAUAUAAAUAAUUUACUAGAAAAAUAAUUUUCUAUCUUAUAAAUGUGCUAUUUAAGAAAAUCCAUUUAAUUUAUCAUCUACAAAUAUUUUGGCCCUGUCGAGUACGUCCUUCGUGUCUACGCUAAUGUCAUAAGCAAUCUUAUUAAUUUUAAAUAAGGUUGAUAUUAAUAAAUUCUUGUCAAGUUUUGAAUUUAUCAUUACCGGUUUGUUAUUUAAUAUUGUACUAUCCAAUAAAGCUUUAAAGCUCAGAUAGCUU